GAGGGCGGCUUCCCGGGAAGUGGGCCGCCGCCGCAGCCGCCGGGACUCGGAAGUGCCGAGAGGGUUGUUGGGGACUCGUGGCGCGCGUGAACGCCGCCGCUGCCCGGGACAGCCCGGAGAUAUCUUCCUAUCAUCAAUAAUACUUAGCUGUGAGAUACUCUGGUCUUCCAGCUUGGAGUUGCCGUUCUGUGUUCGUAGUUUUCCUCUUCUUUAAUCCUCCUGCCUCCUGGACUAAUUUCAAGCCAGAAACUCUCAGUGUGUCUGCCAAGACCCUUUGUCACGAGGAGCAAUGCUGCCCCGAUGGGAACUGUCUUUUUACCUAUUUGCUUCACUAGGCUUCCACUUAUAUUCUUUCUAUGAAGUUUACAAAGUCUCAAGAGAACAUGAAGAGGAACUGGACCGACAGUUUGACCUGGAGGCCGGCACUUUAUUUGGAGGAUUUAAGAAGGACCCAAAUGACUUUGAGUGGAGCUUCUGGAUGGAAUGGGGAAGACAGCAGCUGGUGCGGUUUCUGCUGGGCCACAUGGCUGUGUCUCAGGUGGCCGGCGUGCUUGCAAGGAAGCACAGACCCUGGAUCCUGGGGGCUUACGGAAUGUGGGCCUCCUGGUGUGUUCUGGGGGCCCAAGGCACGGCCAUAAUUUUUCUCCACACCCUCAUCUCCUUCUGCGUGGCCCAGUUCCAGUCGCAGCUCCUGUCAUGGCUCUGUUCUCUCUUCCUGCUCACCACUCUGAGGCUGCAAGAUGUGGAGGAAGUUAAGAGAGGGUGGUACCAGACGGAGAACGAGUACUACUUGCUGCAGUUCACGCUGACCGUGCGUUGCCUGUACUACACCAGCUUCAGCCUCGAGUUCUGCUGGCAGGAGACUGAGAACAGCUUCUACUCCUUCCCCUGGCUGGUGGCCUACGUCUUCUAUUACCCCGUCUUCCACAACGGGCCCAUCCUCAGCUUCCCAGAGUUCAUCACCCAGAUGCAGCAGCAAGAGUACUGCUCGCUGAAGUCCAGCCUUUCGGCCUUUGCCCUGGGGCUGGGUCGCCUCCUCUGCUAUUGGUGGCUGGCAGAGCUGAUGGUUCACCUCAUGUACAUGCACGCCAUCUACAGCAGCGCCCCUCUCCUGAGGGCUGUCUCUUGUUGGACCUUAGGAGGACUGGCAUUGGCUCAAGUGAUCUUCUUCUAUCUGAAGUACUUGGUUCUCUUUGGUGUCCCAGCUCUGCUCAUGCGCCUGGAUGGACUCACACCACCACCCCUCCCUCGCUGUGUGAGCACCAUGUUCAGUUUCACGGGGAUGUGGAGGUAUUUUGACGUUGGACUGCAUGAUUUCUUAAUCAGAUGCCCUUUCUCACAAACCUCAGCCUGUGCCUGGCUGAGAGAGUGGAUUAUCUGGGAAACAGACUCUGAGAUGAGUUCUGAAUGCAGGUAUGUGUACAUUCCAGUAGGCGGGUCCCAGCAUGGCCUGCUGAGGACACUGUUUGCCACUGCAGUGACGUUUGCAUUUGUGAGCUUCUGGCAUGGUGGCCAUGACUACCUCUGGUACUGGGCAGCGCUCAACUGGCUGGGAGUCGUCGCGGAGAACACAGUCCAGAGGCUUGUGCAGACCCCGUGCAUCCAGGACAGCUUGAUUCACUUCCUCUCCCCACAAGCCCGCCGUCGAUUCCACGCCGCCUUUGCGUCUUGUUCCACCUCCAUGCUGAUCCUGUCCAACCUGGUGUUUCUUGGGGGCAGUCAAGUUGGGAAAAUCUACUGGAACAGGAUCUUCAUACAAGGCUGGCCGUACGUGACACUGUCUGUCCUGGGAUUCCUGUACUGCUACUCCCAUGUGGGCAUUGCCUGGUCCCAGACAUACUUGGUGGACUAAAGCUGCCUGGCCCACGCCAGCCCUUACCGCUGGCCUCCGAGCAAAUGGUGCUUCACCCUGACCUCGCACACCAAGAUAACCUCCGAGGGACCAGUGCUUGAUCUGUUCAUCUUUUGUUGAAGUUACCUCACUCCAAGACCGGAAGCUGGAGCUCUCAUAGAAAAUUGACAACCAGAGAGGCUUCUAACUUGGGGGAUCUGGAGCUCAUCUCCCCCAUCAUUUUCCUGCGGAGUAAGCAGGGGUCCAGAGCAGGAGAAUCUUGCUCAGCUGCACAUGGUGACGUUGCAGUCUAGAACCCAGGCCCAGUGGCCCUUUGGGUUCUUUCUACUUUACUAAGAAUUACAUGCAAUAGAUGUUUCUCGAUUAGAGCACAGAAAUCCUGAUAGUGAUAAGGCCUGUUCUCCAUUGAGCAUCCUUCUGAAACAUUUUGGUAACAUGUAAAUGACCUCUUCCCCAUGUCCUGCAGUAUGGUCGCUAGAACCAGCACUGGGGUCUGAGUUUCACACUUCAGCUCCCCAGCAUGGCGGGGACAAUGUCAUGUUUCUAGUUACCCAGUCAAAGAACAUACAACAUGUCCUGUGGUUUCCAAGGGGUCAGUACAGAAGACCAGUUAUUUAAACACUACCCAGGUGAUUGACAUUUGGAUGCUUUGUGCCCUAGAUUUACUGAGAAGUAUAAAUAUGGCAGUUCCUCUAGCAGACAGUUAAUCUUCAUUUCCCAAUAUAGAAGCAGAAUUAAGAAACCAGGAGAUAGUGUGUCCACAGACAGGUGCUAUCUGGUAAGUGACAAAGGGUAAGCAUGGUAUCCUGUGGUCUUUUCUCCUCUCCAUGCAAGUAAGCUCCAGCAGUCAUCUUCCUACUCAGUGGUUUACACUCAGUAGUUCACAUUGUUUUGUUUUGUUUCAAAUAAAAUGGAGCCUUUCCUAUCACAUUGAUAAUUUA